CCGGCGGCGCUGCCGCUGUUAUUUUUCGAAUAUAUAAGGAGGUGGAGGUGGCAGCUGCAGCUAGAGGUUUCCCGAGCAGCUGCCUAGCCCCGCGUCCCUCCCCCUUCUUUCCUCCCCGCAUCCCUCUCCCUCACUCCCAGGCCCGCGGCUCUUCCUCCCUCCCUCCUUCCCUUCACCCCGGGCCCUCCCUCCCUGAACCCAGCAAGCUGGGCCCGGCGUCUGUCUCUCCCAGCAGCCAGCCUUUGCCCGACCUGCCGCGGAGAUGCCGCAGCCGAAGUCUGCGCGGGACUCAGCUCUCGGUCCUGCGGGCGUGCUCGGUGCUCAGCGCCCCCGCCACCUCCCAGGCCUCCGUUCCGAGUCUGAUAGCUUCCUGGGGUCCCCAGAACUCGCGGCCUCCUCUCCGGUCACCACCCUUACCGAGACCAUGCACAACCUCGCUGGGCUUGGCAGUGAGACCCCAAAGAGUCAGGUAGGGAGCCUGUCAUUCCGGAACCAGCUGGCUUGCCUAUCCCUGUCAAGACGCUCCUCUGAAUCCUCCUUGUCCUCUGAAUCCUCAGAAUCUUCUGAUGCAGGUCUCUGCAUGGAUUCCCCCAGUCCUAUGGACCCACAGAUGGCAGAGCACACGUUUGAACAGGCCAUUCAGGCAGCUAGCCGGGUCAUUCGAAAUGAGCCAUUUACCAUAAGACGCUUCCAGUCCUUGCCGGUGAGGCUGCUGGGCCACAGCCCUGUGCUACGGAACAUCACCAACUCCCAAGCACUGAACAGCUGGAAGAAAAAUGAAGCAGGAAACAGAGCUGCAAGCAGCCCUGAGACAGACAAAGAGAAUGUGUGUUUCCAGAGGCCAAGAUGGAAGAUCCUGAGAGAAAAGGGUGUACAGGGUAGUCCUCUAGUCCUGAAGAUGCCUCUUUUCCCAUCUUGCCUGCAGGAUGGAUUUGUCUUCAAGAUGCCAUGGAAGUCUACCCAUCCCAGCCCUGCCCAAGUUCUGACCAAGUGGGCCAGCCGCAGAGAGGCCUUUACCCAGCGGCCAAGCUCAGCCCCUGACUUGAUGUGCCUUACCCCUGAGCGAAAGAUGGAAGUAGAGGCACUAAGCCCUGUGGCUCAGUCCUGCUUCUCCCUGACCCCUGCUGAGGGAGCUGCUGAGGAGGAUGAUGGAUUUGUAGACAUCCUGGAGAAUGAUUUAAAGGAUGAUGAUGUAGUCCCCCCAGGCAUGGAGAGCCUCAUUAGUGCCCCACUGGUCAAGACUCGGGAUAAGGACGAAGAACAGGAUCUCAUCAUGUUCAGCAAGUGUCAGCGGCUCUUUCGCUCUCCAUCCAUGCCCUGCAGUGUGAUCCGGCCCAUACUCAAGAGGCUAGACCGACCCCAGGACAGGGACAUACCUGUUCAGAGCAAGCGCAGGAGGAGUGUGACCCCCCCGGAGGAGCAGCAGCAGCCUGAAGAACCUAAGGCCCGUGUUCUCCGCUCAAAGUCCCUGUGUCAUGACGAGAUUGAGAGCAUCCUAGACAGUGACCACCGGGGAUUAAUUGGAGAUUACUCUAAGGCUUUCCUCCUACAGACUGUGGAUGGCAAACACCAAGAUCUCAAGUAUAUCUCACCAGAAACUAUGGUGGCCCUGUUGACAGGCAAGUUCAACAACAUCGUGGAGAAGUUUAUACUUGUGGACUGCAGAUACCCCUAUGAGUAUGAAGGCGGGCACAUCAAGACUGCUGUGAACUUGCCCCUGGAACGGGAUGCCGAGACCUUCCUGCUGCAGAGUCCCAUCAUGCCCUGUAAUCUGGACAAGAGAAUCAUCCUCAUUUUCCACUGUGAAUUCUCAUCUGAGCGUGGGCCCCGCAUGUGCCGGUUCAUCAGGGAACGAGACCGAGCGGCUAACGACUAUCCCAGCCUAUACUACCCUGAGAUGUAUAUCCUCAAAGGCGGCUACAAGGAGUUCUUCCCACAGUACCCGAACUUCUGUGAGCCCCAGGACUACCGACCCAUGAACCAUGAAGCCUUCAGGGAUGAGUUGAGGACCUUCCGCCUCAAGACUCGCAGCUGGGCUGGGGAGCGGAGCCGGCGCGAGCUCUGUAGCCGACUACAGGACCAGUGAGAAGCCAGCCUCCAGCCCUGCCAACUUCCUUGCCUCAUGGGGCCUGGGAGCUGGUGGCUCCCUGUUCCUGUGCGGCUGAGGCCUGCUGGAGGCCCCAGGUGCUAUGAGGGAGGAGAUGGUAUGGGUGUCACUUCUGUGUCUGUCCUUGCCCCCAAUUCUGUUUCACCCCACUAAUUUUCCAUAUCCUGAUGCCACCCCAACAUGUUCAAGACCCCAGCCUUUUGGGUGGGUACCAGCUCAAAGGAAGUGUUUUGUGCUCCCUGGGAGCCCUUUUGUUGUCCUUGUUCCUUGUUUGUGUUAACUCUUUGUCUUCCUGUGUCCAGAAAGCCCCCUUUGUGAGGACAGCCCCAGUUCUUGAGGAUGAGCCCAGCCAUUCUGUGCCCUGGGAGGCAGCACUCUGCUUGCCCUCUACAGGAAUCACAGUGCUGUCUGCUCUCUCCUGGCCUCCACACAGACACCUCCAUUGAAAACAUAAGCUCUUUUUUUUUUUCCUCUUGUAGUCUUACCUGCACACUUGAUUUCUGUUUGACUUAUACUGUCUCAGGACACAUUCACAGCUGAGUAGGCUCCCCUAUGCAGCUGGGGUUAGAGAUUCUAACAUCAAUUACCCACUAGGCCUUGACUUUUGUUACCCCAGAAAGGAAUAUUCUCCUUUGGGGCCUCCAGGGCAAUAACCCAAGGCUUGAUUCAGGAGCAAGCCCCAUCCCUACCACUGUGAAUCUGACCCUCACUGCUCAGAAUUUGCUGCUGUCCUGUUGCAGAUGGAUGGUUAGGUGGAUGGUCAUGGAUGCAUGGUGCCUUACACGCAUGUAUGCACACACACUGGGUAAAAGCAUUUUGGUGAGCAUAAUCCUACAGCAGGAGUGUGUAUGUGUGUGUGUGUGUGUGUCUUUGUGGACAAAGUCUUUAUACUUAAUGUUUGGAAAAUAUUAAAGAGAUGCAUGGAAGCAACUGUACCAAGACCCAAGCAACCUCUGGAUUUGGAAUCUAUGUGUGGGAGGGGCUGUGCUGGAAGGUCCCAGUGAGUCAUCUGUUAGAGCCUUGGUUCAAUAAAUCACUGAGCAAGUUGAAAAA